AUGUGUUCUGCUCGGCGUCUUGUCGUGCAAAAGCAAGGCCUCGAAUGGCUGGUCGCGGCUUCGCGUGUUGCGUCGUUGGAGGUCGAGCUGACUAACUGCCGCUCGGUCGACAAGUGCCGCGGCUGUGCGAAGCAGGCGCCGGUCCAGACUAGCAUCGUCGACGCGGGUGGGGCCCUAGACACGGCGCAGAAACGCAAAGAUGACCACUCGCGGGUCUGGGGACGGCAAAUGACAAGACGAAGCUGGCGAGGAAAUGGGGGGAAUCGGCGGCGUGGUGUGAGCGGUCCGUCGCCGUGGUCAGACAGCCCCGAGCGCUGGUGGGAAAAUUGCGAUGGGCGUUUCGGGGCGGCAGCCGAGAGCGCAGUGCGUGUGGGACGAGCCGAGACGGCGGGCAGGCCAAACCGCAGCGCAAAGCGAGCUCCGUCGGUCCCUCGAUGGCUUGUCGGCUGA